GAAAGUUAGAGUUUUUGUUGGCAGAUGCUUUGGACAAGGGUUGCAAGCACAUAAUUACGUGUGCUGGAAUGCAGUCUAAUCAUUGUAGAGCCACAGCGGUGGCGUCAGCUCAAAUGGGAUUGAAAAGUCAUCUAGUGGUUCGAUCCAAACUGAAGAAUUCUGAAGACGUUCCUUGUAAUGGCAACCUGCUUCUUGACAGAAUGUGUGGUGCCCAAAUCUACAUCGUGCCUUGGGAAGGUACUUACGAGUCUCAUCUCAAACCAAGUAUGAUAAAUAUUGCUAGAGGAAUUAAGGAGACAAGUGGAGAAGACUCGUACCUCAUUCCUCUUGGUGGGAGUAAUUCGGUUGGACUUUUUGGCUACAUAACAGUAUUUCACGAAAUGAUUUCGCAGGGUAUUCUAGAAAACUUUGAUGACAUAGCCUUUGCCUGUGGAAGUGGGGCUACCGCUGCAGGGCUUGCUGUAGGCAACUACCUGAACGGGUCCAAGCUCAAAAUCCAUGCUCUGUUCGUGGGUUCAGAUGCCGAGUUUUGUAAAGCCGCUGUUAACCAGAUGUUACACGAUGUUGGGCUGACUGAAGUACGCUCAGAGGACAUGGUUGACAUGAUUGAAAGUCCUGAAAACCAAGGCUAUGGGCUGUACACACAGGAAGAUUUAGAUUACUUCAUUCAAGUGAGCAUUGAUACGGGCGUCAUUGUCGAUCCAACCUACACUGGCAAAGCUGUGAAGUUCCUGGUUCAAGAAAUGAACAACCACCCUGAUAGGUUCAAGGGUAGAAGGGUAUUAUUUUUGCACACAGGUGGUGUCUUUGGACUGUAUGAUGGAAAGAUGGACAACGUAUUGAAGAAGCACGAAAUGACCAAUAGAGUCAAGAUACUUAAUGACUAAACGGAACGAGUUUUGAGUCUCUUGCCGUGUGAGUAAUGAGUCGCUUAUUCUUCAUUCCUACCGUUACACCUGAGUAACGGAAGAAAUGGGGGGAAACGGAUAUAUUGGGCUUGAACCUGUCACAUUUUGAAUUAUUUUUUCGGACAAACUAGCAGCCGAAGAGAAAUGGUCUGCUGAGACUUUGGCAAAGAGAAAGGUCAGUAUAGGACCCACCGUUGCCACCCUGUGGCAGCACUUUCUGGGUUGUAUUAAGACAAUCUGCCCGUGAAAAUAAAUAUAGCAUAAUUUCAUAUCACAGUCAGCUAACGCCAAUAUGAAGUUAUCCAGUUAAAACUUUUUUCCGGUAUAGUUAUCUACCGGGUACCACGAAUGAUAUAGUUGAGAGUAACGACGAUUCAUCAGAGAUUGAGGACGGUGCGAAUGAGUUUAAUGAUUCUGUAGAAAUAGAAAACGCUGUGGAUAAGGGCGUCUUUCUUUCACAGGGAGAGUUUCAACUUUCUGAACAUAAGCCAGCUCAAGUGUCACGAUAAAAAAGUAAAUAAAACCGAGGCCACCUAUUACACUGGAGUUCUUUUAUACAUUCGUGCACAAUUUUAGACUAGUUUUUUUUGUGAAACAUCAGCUGUCAACUCACAAUUUUCAAUGUAAAAUAUAUUGAAAACGUGUUUAUAAGAGUUGGCAUAAAUGGGAUAGAAAUA